UGGAUGGAUAUAUAGGGUGUAUGUAGUAGUAGCUUUCAAGGCUGAUUGCGUGGGCCGGACCCCCGUGAGCUCACGUGCGUAAUCGUGUAAGCGUUGUGUGUGUGUGAUACUUGCGCCGCGUAGAAUCGACGUACACGUUGGAGAACCCAGUAGGGAGAAUCCUCGCACCUGUUAGAUAUACAAGUAAAGACAUUGUACCCAUACAGAUAUAUAUAUCGCGCAGUGUUCGUCUGCGACCGACACUCACGUGACGCGGUCACGUGCUCGACGCGCUCGAAAGUGAAAACUCCACCUCUUCGUCGUCGGCGACGCAGAAGGACAACAACGCAAAGAAAUCCGUCGCUGAGAUUGCAUUUCGUCGGUACUGCUGUGCGCGCGACAGUCAGAGCGACGUUUUUCCCGCGCACGUGCGUGCGUGCAUGUGUGCGUGCGUUCCUGCGUGCGUGCGUGAACGAUGCCGAGGUUAGAGCGCAGUGCGUCGGCGCUCGGCGACCGCGUCCGAAACUGGUCGAAGACGUCGCUGACCCGCGUGCGGUCGUUCAUAACACGCGAUGCGGACGCCGGCGAGACGGCGAAACCCAGCAGCCGAUAUCGGCCGAGCGGCGUGAAGAAAUACGGCGGCGGCGGCGGCGGCGGCGGCGGCGAUGGGGGGAAGCCGCAGACGAACGCCACGUCUCAACAUCCACAUCAUCAACAUCAGAAGCUGCGCAGUGACUCGGGCGAGGAGAAUCGCCACACUAGGAACCCUGCUUCCCCGACGCCCGUGCCACCCAUGCGCAGAAAGCGCAUGAAACUGUUAAGUAACCGCGACUGGUGGUACGCGAAGCAUCUCGUUACGCAACAGGAUGGCUACAUACCGAGUAACUUCGUGCAAAACUUCGACAAGGAAGACUGGAACUUUGGUCACGUGACUCGGAAGGAAGCCGAGCGCUUGCUCAAGGCGACCGGAAACACGACCGGAACAUUUCUCAUCAGGGAGAGUGAGUCGGCGCCAGCUAAUGAUGUUUCCCAUCGAUGUGUCGCAGGUACGUGGAAAGGCGUCUUAGAGGUAGCGAUAAAGACGCUGAAGUCAGGCACUACGUCAUCCAGCUCCUUCCUACAGGAGGCAAAGAUCAUGACGAAGACACGGCACGACAAGCUCGUGCAGUUAUACGGCGUCUGCUCGGAGGAAGACCCAAUCUACAUAGUCACGGAGUAUAUGAACAAUGGUAACUUGCUACACUACCUGCGGCAGGGCGCGGGCAGGGAGGCCGACCUCGGUAUGAUGAUUGACAUAGCAGCACAGACGGCUAGUGGCAUGGCGUUCCUGGAGACAGAGAAUCUCAUACACCGCGAUCUCGCCGCUCGCAACAUCCUCGUCGGUGACAACAACACCAUCAAGGUCGCCGACUUCGGCCUGGCCCGAAUCAUAGAGGAAGGCGCCAUCUACACGCCGGGGCACGGCCCGAACGGUCGCAGCGACCUUCGGAUUCCAAUCAAAUGGACAGCGCCUGAAGCGGCGAUGCUACAGAAGUUUACCAUCAAGUCGGACGUGUGGUCGUACGGCAUCCUACUGCAGGAGCUGUUCACGAAAGGGCAGGUGCCGUAUCCAGGCAUGACUAAUCGAGAGGUGCUAGAGGCGAUACAGCGUGGCUACAGGAUGCCGCGGGCAGCGGACACGCCCAAGGAGGUGUACGAGAUACAGAUGAUGUGCUGGUCGGAGGACGCCGAGAAGCGACCGACGUUUGAAUAUCUGUUCGUCUUCUUCGACGAUUUCGCCGUUAACAUCGAGCAGAGCUACGAGAGCGGGGACGUGCUCAGAUGAGCAGCCGAUAGGGAGAGAAAGAAGGGGGAAGAAAAAGAGAGAGAAAGAGAGAGAGAGAGUGGGGAGAAGGGCAGAACAACUCUAGCCGCCGUCCGCUACGUGAUCGUUGGCCGUGCCUUUACCAGUGUACAUACUUGUAAUCAGUGUUGGAACAUUGACUAUCGUAUACGCUGUGACCAGUAUGUGAACUUGGCUGUCCACGUAUUUACCGGUGCGCUCAGACAUUCGCGAAUGUUCACUCAAUCUCCGUGACCGCUGUCCACUCUCUGGCCGCUAGCUGAGCGGCGGUAUCGUUACGGCUGUGUGACGUCACUCCGUCCCUCCGUCCGGCCACAUCUCGCCCCCGUUAUGUUACCAGACGAACAACAGUGUCGGGUGGAUGGACAGGCGUUUGUCCUCUUAUUCUCGCGCAUGCGCACGCUCACAAUGUUACUGUAGAUACUCGCGCGCGCAAAUAUUACCAGGAGUGUAUAAUAUAGACUAUAUAUAUAUAUAUUAUACACUCCUGAUAUUAUGAUGUGUUAAAUGUAAAUACGAUACAUGCGAUGGAAACUAUACCCGAGUCUUUUUUUAUUGGAUUAAGAAAAUUAGCUACGGUUUGCGAUUUGAUACGAGUUUUAUUGUCUGUCGAUUCCUGGCGAAAGUUUCCUGUCUGUGGUUGAACGCGGUAUAUAGAAUAUAUCAGGAGUCUAUCAAUAUUGAUAGAUUUCUGAAUAUAUGGCAUAAUUUAUAUCUGACCAAGUUAUAUAGUUGAUGAAUGAGCUGAUAAUGCUGAUCAAACAUACGCCUAGUUGCAACGCCAGAGCCGUACGUCCUUCGGUGAAUAAAGAUUGCAAGUAUAGAUAUAAUUAUUAUCCACGUAGUUAUGCUGAGGCUUCACGUUUAGAUUCAUUCACCCAUACUACAGCGAUCUUACACUCGCAACUGUAAGCGAAUCGGAUCGGAAAACAAACCCUGUGAGAGGAAUCGAACGCAUCGAAUUUUUUCGCUAUAUACAUUUUUUGGAAUUUAUUCGGAAUUUUUGUUCGAUAUAAACGUAAAAUAGAUUAGCGUACGAGUAAAUAUUCGGCGCAUGCAUAUAAUUACCUGAUACACGUGUUAACCGCACAUUUCUCUCAAGCAGAAAUUGUGAUAGAAUGACGGUUAUGACUUAUGCAAUUGCAUGAUGGUUGUUCAAGCUAUGACACGAAAUAAUUAUAUACACAGACCUGUGGAAGUUGACUAGAUUCCGUUACGGGCUACAUUGACGUUAUAUUUACUUUAGCGUCAGGAUAAAUAAAAACUAGUGUGUAUACUAUAGCAUGUUCUAUAAAAUUUUAAAAUACGAAGCGAGGCUUGCAUGCAGAACUAGUCAGCGUGAGGGGAUCUACAUUGGAUGUCACAGAUUUCAUGUGGUGGUGAAACUAGCAAUGACCUUCGCUGUUGGCACAAAUAAGUAAUCUAUUUAUGUAAUAGCAUCAUAUCCUUGCGUUGCACAUGUGAUCUGCGAUGGGGGGAUACGUAGCUUAAGCUAAUUAGAACAUACUAUGUAUGAUCUACGCUAUCUCAUUCAUUAUGUGUUGCUAUAAUGUCAACCCUAUUCUUGAAUAGUAUCUUUCCAGAGAAUUAUGCGUGUGACUGGGACAUAGUUAUGCAAUCUAAAUAUAAAUGUAGGGCCUUGUAAAAUACAAUACAAUCGUACUCUAAUAAUUGUUUCGAUACUUGCUCAUUAAUUAGGGAGAUUAAAGUGUAGCUACAAUUAUGAUCAUGAUAAUGACGCUAGCACUGUUUGUGGCAGUGUUGAGUAUGAACACAGCGUUAAUAAUAUAAUAUAAAGACGCAUAUAAUGUCAAAUCUACGUCACCGGCAAUCUAAACAAUUUAUUAGAAAUUUAUUCGUUCUUAUAGCUGUGCCGCCGGUCCGCGUACAUACCUGGUAAUACAUAAACGGCGGAAAACUAUAUAUAAUGAAAGGAUAGCUUACAUUUUUAUGCAUUUUAUUGUGCACGCGUAUUACAGAUUUAUAGAAUAAAUAACUGUAACUGUUUGUAAGAACCAGUUUGUUAUAGCCUGAACAAGAAAUAAAUAUCCUCCAGUGAAUUCUAUAAUAUCUUA